GAAAGGUAGUCUGUCAGAUCUCUGUCUUCUGAAGCGCCCUGAAGUUGUCUUUCCUGAAACCCUAAUUCUAUUAUUAGAGUGCCUUGUUCUUGUUUUGGUGCAAUUAUUAGUAGCAAUUAAUGACCGGAAGAGGCUGACAGGCAUUUCGACCUUCAAGAUUUGUGAACCAGUUUCUUUUCUCCGAUCAGGCUUUCCUCUUUUAACAAGGACAAGGAGAGGAGUGGAUGUCAUCGAACGCGCCGUGCGGGGCCUGCAAGUUCCUGCGGCGAAAGUGCACGCCGAAUUGCUUGUUUGCACCAUACUUUCCGACGGAUCAGGUGACGAACUUCGUGUAUGUGCACCGCAUGUUUGGGGCAAGCAAAUUGGCGCGCAUGCUCGGUGACCUGAACCCCGCGCAGCGACAGGAUGCCGUCAAUACGCUGGUCUAUGAAGCGGAGGCGCGGCUCCGCGAGCCCGUUUAUGGCUGUGCGGGCUACAUCUGCCUUCUCCAACAGAGGCUCGAGCGAAUCCAGAAUGAACUCUACAACGUCGAGAAAGAGCUUGCCACCUACAUCGACCCUGCUGCCUUCGAUCCCUUCCUCCCCCCUCCCCACCACCAGCAUCAGGACCAACACGGCCACCACCACCGCCAAGGGUUCUAUCCUUCGUCCACAGCGACCUACGGCGUCCUGGGAAUGGGGACCAUUGCGGGGCUUGGUGUUGCCGCACCCGGCACAUCGCACUACCCGCAGAUCUUGAUACCUGAACAGGCGCAGCAGCAGCAGCCGCAGCCGCCGCGGAUAGUGGAGGCGCAACAAAUGGCCAUGGCUGCUUUGGCUGCAGCGAGAGAGCAAGACAUGCUGAGGAGCUUCGAGCAGCAGCAAGAACUGGCCAGAUUCAAUUCCGAGUUUCUGGACAGUGGUCAGGGCUAUAAUAAGAUCGAUUAUGGCACCAUGGUGUCUGCAAUGCCGGCGGGGUCGUCCUGUGAGCUCCCGCUGGUUCCGGCGCAGCCAUUCGAGUUGUCAUUUGCUGUGCAUCCUCAGCACUACCCCGAACAGCAACCCCAGCAGCAGCAGUGGCAGACACAGACGCAGCACCAUAGAGACCAGAGCCAUUACGGGAGGAGUGACAUCGGUCCGUCAUAUUGAAAGAACGA